AUGGUGGCAAUCUCACACCUCACGUACACGGAAAUUAUUGUAGCAUUGAAGGAUGUUCUUAUACUAGCGCCUCCCGGAAAGUUGUUCAAGCCGUCGACUAUGUCUGGUUCCAAAUUCCGCGAUAUCCGCUCCUCGUCGGCCUGGGUGCUGUACGAACUCAACCAGAUAUCCGAAGAGGAAUGCUACGCCAUGCUUUGCGACCAACAAUUCCCGGAACUGACCCCAAAAGCUAUACGCAUAGCGGUUGCCGAGUCGCUCAAGAGUGUUCAUAUCAACUAUACCCUCCUCAACGCGCUACAGAACAUCAAGGCCCAGUCGGAGGGGGAGAACUUCCAGAACGGGACGAAGAGUAGGCUACGCGUGAUUGGGGUAGCCAAUAUCUCUCUGCCAGAGUGGACCGCCCUGCGCUCACGUCGGCAUUGGAAGAUUUUCUGGGACCUCUUCGACACCAUAAUCACGUCUUGGAUGGUUGGUGCACGGAUGCCCGAUCUGGCUUUCUUCGACCACGCGGAGACAGCGCUGCAACUAGAUCCAUCAACAGCUAUCUUCAUAGCGCUAGAGUCGGAGCUCGUUCUGGUGGCGCGUGCCGAGGGCAUGAAGGGUCUACACUUUGAACACACAAAAGAGACAGUGAGACAGCUUCUGAACACCUUUGGAGAGCCAGUUCAACGAGGCAACGAUUUUCUGAAGGAUAACGCGCGGAAAAUGAUGUCGGUCACUGACGCGGGUGUUGUCACGUACGAUAAUUUCUCGCAGCUUCUCAUAGCCGAUCUAACGGGCCAGGAAGAUUUCAGUAGCUUCGCACUCAGGAGAGAUGCCUUUCAUGCCUGGACUUUCUUCAUGCCCGACAUGGAAGGGCCCCUUGAGUGGCACCCGCAAGACGUCGGCACCACAGUACUCGCACUUCUGACCUUGAAUUUCAACGAAGGACUUGUGGAGGGAGUCAUGAGCGCCAUCCAGUCCGAACCUACAGUCGACGGCAUUGCUGGAGCUCAAGUCCAAUGCAGUAAGCUCUACGGCUCUCAUCCUCCUAUCGCCGAUCCAGUCACCUGCGUUAAUGUCCUCCGUCUGUUCUAUCGCUAUGGCCGCGGAUCCGAAGUCCACAAGACCUUCGAAUAUGUGAUGGCUAUAUUCUGGAACCGGGCGUACAUAGACGGUACGCCGCUGUUUCCGCAUCCCGAGAUGUUCCUUUACUUCCUCACCCGCUUCAUCGUCGAGAGCCCCGAUAAGUACGAACUCUACCGCCUUAUCCCGAAUAUGGAGAAGCGACUCCAGGAGUUCAUCGGAUGGCCCAAGGACGCGCUGGGGCUCGCGUUGAAAGCCUUGUCUCUCGAGAUGCUCAAGAUCGACAGCCGCGUCUAUACUGCCGAUAUAAAGAAGAAACAAUGCGAAGACGGCGGAUGGGAAGCCGACACAUUCUGUACCUACGGUAAAGACCGUGUUCGUCUCGGCAAUCGUGGUGUCGCAACCGCUUUUGCUGUGAAGGCGCUC